AUGCCAACAGCUGUCACAUCCUCGAUGAUGGAUAUGGAUCAGACCCUCGCUACGUCAGGCUCGCCGAGCAAAGGCUCUCCGCCAGAAGAGGUCGCAUGCGCCGACCUGAAAUUGCUCUCCAGCCCCCAGCAAAAGUCGCCUCAAGAGGAAAACCACUUCAGCCCCGUCGGAUUUUCAUCACCUCACACAAAACUUGAUGUUAUGAACGACUUUAUGCAGCUUGGCACAGACUUCGUGACGCACGACCAAAACUACUCAGAUCUGCUCGUCUGGCCUGAGUAUCCCAUGGAGCUGGACAUUUAUUCGAGCGCCAUGGCUAUGCGACCAGAUUUGGGCCAUGGUAUGCCCUCCUUUGCGGACAUCAGCGACUCGUGUUCCAAUUCUGAGCCCAUGACAGCAACUUCAUCGCGCGCAUCGGUCCACACGAGAGGGACAAGUAUCAUGUCCACUGCGAGCUUUGAUCCCACAAAGUGCAUAGACAUGACAAUGCAGACCCCGAAGGAUACCAGCAUCCCAGAAUUUGAAGUCGUCAUUGCUUCAGAAAACUCGUGGCCAUUGGCGAGAUGUAACCCGCCCACUUUCUCUGGCAACUGCCCACGGACCGCGAUCGUCCAUCUCGAGGCCCUCGAACAGAAGUGCCAGCAAGAAGGCACAUGGGACGCCCUGGACAAGUACCUAGGACAAUUUGGCAACGAAGCACCUCACAUGCCUGCAGUCGUUCCGAUCAGCUCUCGGACACGUGAUAAGAUGACGGCCAUCACCCAGUCAUUCUUACACAAGGCCCUUGGCGUGCACAGAGCAGGUGUCAAUGGCUACUCUAAAACAGGGUACGCCAGCCCAGGCGGCAUGUGCAACUUCAUAAUGCUCCCGCCAUCAAGCGUCCUAGAGUACUUCCUCAAGAGCUACGUGCGGAGCUUGUGCGGAUAUUACCCAAUGAUCUUCGCUAUGAGCCUCGACCCAAAUGAGAUGGUUCAGAACACCCAGGCCGCGACACUGCUUGUUCUACUCAUGAUUGCAAGGGGCGCAGCGGCCGUGCCGAUGGCAGAGGCAAGAUACCUGUCUGCCGGCCUCACAGAGACGUGUCGAAUUUCACUGUUUGAUAUUAUCGAAAAGGACGUCGAAUUGUCAGCCGAUCCGAUUGCGUUGCGAUGCGCGUUGCUUUUCACACUACUGGGCGCAUGGAGCGGAGACAAAUGGCAAAUGGAUAUUGCCAUGGGCCAACGUGGCAUGUAUCUCACGAUGUUGAAACAUGCUGGCAUGUUAGAGCCACAACCAUCGAUGAUACCGGCCUUCAACGACUCGACCAGCACUGAGCUUCAGUGGAGGGCAUGGAUGCAUCGCGAGACACAAAACAGACUUGUCUACAACUGGGUGAUGGUAGACCAAGAGUUGAGCCUGUUCCAUGACACUGCUCCAAUUCUAUCUAUUUCUGAGCUUCACUGUCCUUUGCCAGGCUCUGAACUUCUUUGGCUCUCACCCAAUUCUGAGCAAUGGUUGGCUGGGAUUCAGUCUCUUUACGGCUGCACCAAUAAUGUCAACCCACAGCUUCUUACCCCGCCUUCUCUUACCCCAUCCCUGUUCGACCUCUUCCAAGAUUUCUUGCACGAUAAUCUUUCCCGUCGACAGUCUAGCCUCACACCCCAGCAGCUUCGCCUUCUUCUACACCCCAUUCAGUCUCUCCUCUGUCACCUGCGUCAGAUGCUCUCUUGCUUUUCGGACAUCCUUGGGGCCAGGCGAUCGACAGCCCGCACUGUGACAAGGGCCUCAACCUUCCAACGACUGGAAGAAGUCCAGGCUUUGCUUCAGAAGUGGUACGAGCUUGCCAUUGUCCAGCACAAGGCCAACCCGAACUGCACAAUGACGCAGUGCAACAUCAUUUUGUACCACCUGAUCUCUUUGAACGCCGUGACCAACUUCCCCGAGAUCGAGAGGCUUGCCCGUAAGGAGGGCUUCGAGGCCGGUGGACCCACCUACUGGGAGCUGAGCCUGAGGCACAAGAGAUGCAUCUACCAGCGAGAGGAGGCCAUUUUCCACUGCGGCCAGGUGCUAAGGCUUCUACGAUCCAUGCCGGCAGGCAAGCUACCGCCGUGGUGGAGCACAGCAACAUACAGGGCGACGCUGAUUCUUUGGACGGACGCUAUCGGGCGGCUCGACCCGAGCUUCAAGACGGCACUGAACGAUGGCUCAAGCCCCGAGAGCGGCACCAAUACUAGCAGCUCCGUGGUGGCAGUUGACCGAGUGACCCCCGAGGACCCUGCGGUGAUCGCGUACCUCUGGAGCGGCGAUGGGAUAGCUGUGCUCUCGCGUGACAACGGCACACCCGUGAGCCUGGACAGCCCGGCUAACAUCUUGGACUUGGGAAUCAAGACUAUCGAAAAUGGGAUAAGCACACGGAUGGGUGAUGGGAUCAGAAGGAAGCUGGUCACGCUGGCGGAUAACUGGAAUUCGGAUAUGAUUAGCGCUGUGGCUGCUUGA